CGUGUGCUGCUCUGGAAGUUGGAAACGGAAGCGGCGAGCAUUGUGUUGGCAUGAGGAAGCUGGCGCCCACCACCUCUGUCUGUCUGCUGAGUCACCUGAGUGUUCUCGGCCAGAGAGAAACUUCUUCAGUGGCUUAAGAAGGUGCUGGACGUGUGCUGCCCAUAAGGUGACGAGCACCACGUACUCUAAAGACUCAAACAGAAGAAAGGUAUCUGGGGAUGACAAAGCCAGCCUCUCCGCAGCAGCUGUGAGCGUGCAGUCUGUUAUGGACGAUUGUUCACAAGACUCUCAGCGCUCUCACCUCUCCUCCUUCACCAUGAAGCUGAUGGACAAAUUCCACUCGCCCAAAAUCAAGAGGACGCCAUCGAAAAAGGGCAAGCCAGCCGAGGUGUCUGUGAAGAUGCCGGAGAAGCCUGUCAACAAAGAGGCAAGAGACAGAUUUCUACCAGAGGGCUACCCUAACCCCUCGGAUCUGGAGCAGCAGGCAGUAGAGUUUAUGUCCACCAGUGCUGUGGCUUCCAGGUCCCAGAGGCAGAAGAACCUGAGCUGGCUGGAAGAGAAGGAGAAGGAAGUGGUCAGCGCCUUGCGCUACUUUAAGACCAUUGUGGACAAAAUGGCCAUCGACAAGAAGGUGCUGGAGAUGCUGCCAGGCUCCGCCAGCAAGGUGCUGGAGGCCAUCCUGCCCCUGGUGCAGACCGACCCGAGGGUCCAGCAGAGCUCGGCCCUGUCAUCCUGCUACAGCCGCGUGUACCAGAGCCUCGCCAACCUCAUCCGGUGGUCAGACCAGGUGAUGCUGGAAGGUGUGAACUCAGAGGACAAGGAGAUGGUGACGACCGUGAAGGGCGUCAUCAAGGCUGUGCUGGACGGAGUGAAGGAGCUGGUCAGGCUGACCAUCGAGAAGCAGGGCCGGCCGUCUCCAACCAGCCCAGUGAAACCCAGUUCCCCAGCCGGCAAGCCCGACGGCCAGCCCGAGCUCCCCCUGAAUGAUCGAGAGAUGGAGAUUCUGAACAAAACGACAGGGAUGUCGCCGUCAGCUGAGCUGCUCGCGGAUGCUGCAGACGAAGAGGUUGCACCCCCCAAGCCUCCUCUGCCUGGCAUCCGGGUGGUGGAUAACAGUCCCCCAGCACUGCCACCCAAGAAAAGGCAGUCUGCUCCGUCCCCUACCCGAGUGGCCGUGGUGGCGCCCAUGAGUCGAGCCACCAGCGGCUCCAGUUUGCCCGUUGGAAUUAACCGGCAGGACUUCGAUUUGGACUGUUACACGCAGAGGCGGCUGUCAGGAGGCAGCCACUCAUACGGCGGGGAGUCACCCCGCCUGUCCCCCUGCAGCAGCAUGGGGAAGCUCAGCAAGUCUGACGAGCAGCUGUCCUCCCUGGACAGGGACAGUGGGCAGUGCUCCCGGAACACAAGCUGUGAAACACUAGAUCACUAUGACCCCGACUACGAAUUUCUACAGCAAGACCUCUCCAACACGGACCAGAUACCUCAGCAGGUGGCCUGCAACCUCAGCCCGCUGCCCGAGUCCUCAGGGGAGUCUGGGUCUCCGUUCCUCGGCCCCCCUUUCCAGCUGCCACUUGGCAGCUGUGCCCUGCCCGAAGGCCCCUCGGCCACAGGACUGCAGAUGGACACCCCGCCCGCCCUGCCAGAGAAGAAGCGCAGGAGCGCGGCCUCGCAGACCACGGACAGCUCCGGCUGCCGAGUGUCCUACACACGGCACCCCUCACAGUAUGACAACGUCUCAGAGGAUGACCUACGGGGCUCCACUCCAGCACCGGCUGGCCCCUACUCGCCCUUCGCCGCGCUCCUUCCCUUGCAGCAGGGAGGCUCCUCGACACCCUUGGAGUUUGUGGGUGAUUUCACCACUCCCGAAUCAGCAGGCGACCCCGAGAAGCCACCUCCCCUGCCGGAAAAGAAGAACAAACACAUGCUGGCCUACAUGCAGCUGCUGGAGGACUACUCAGAGCCGCAGCCCUCCAUGUUCUACCAGACACCACAGAGCGAGCAUAUCUACCAGCAGAAGAACAAGAUGCUCAUGGAGGUGUAUGGCUUCAAUGACUCCUUCAGCAGCGGGGACCCCACACAGGAGCUGGCCCCACCGCCCGCCCUGCCCCCCAAGCAGCGGCAGCUGCAGGCCUCCUAUGCUGCUUCUUCCUUCUCCUCUGUCUCCCACUGUGUCCAGCAAACUAAAGUGGCCUUCACCCCCGACGACGGCAGUGCCACUCAGGGCCUCAGUGUGUCCAUGUCUAACUCCUUUCUCAGCCGGCACGGCAGCUUGCCUGUGCCCUCGUACAAGUCUGUGUUUAGGUCCUACUCCCAGGACUUCGUGCCUCACCGCCAAGCUUCCGUCCACCCUUUCCUUCCGCCCACCUCCUCUUCCUCUCCGCAUUUCCCACCUGUCCACCUGUCUCCGAGCUCGGAUUUGGCGGGCCCCGCCGUAGCCAGCCCGCCUGCCCGCACCGUGGAUGGGCCUCGCUCACCUUCCCAGGAGAGCAGCUUCCAUGGGAGCCCUGUCUGCCUUCCUCCCGAAAGCUCUUUCGCUGACUCGAGCGAGAACACCAGCGAGGAGGCUGGUGAGGGUGAAUACGUCAGUCUGUAUUCCUCUGGCCAGAGCAGUGUGGAGCGGGCUCGCCCUCGAGGAGAGUCGCCAACUGGGAAAGAUGGGCACUCCAGGGACCCUUCAGCAGGCGGCAGCACACCUGGCAAAGAUGGCAGAGAUGGCAGCGAGAGGGUCCCGAAGUCGCCGGAUGCUCUGGAGUCAGCUCAUUCAGAGGAGGAAGUGGACGAGCUGUCCCUCAUCGACCACAACGAAAUUAUGGCCAGGCUGACGCUCAAGCAGGAGGGUGAUGACGGGCCCGAUGUGCGUGGAGGAUCAGGAGACAUCCUGCUGGUUCAUGCUACUGAGACGGACAGGAAAGACCUGGUGCUGUACUGCGAGGCCUUCCUGACCACCUACAGGACCUUCAUCAGCCCCGAGGAGCUCAUCAAGAAGCUGCAGUACCGAUAUGAGAAGUUCUCGCCCUUCACUGACACGUUCAAGAAGCGUGUGAGCAAGAACACAUUCUUCGUGCUGGUGCGGGUGGUAGACGAGCUCUGCCUGGUGGAGCUGACGGAGGACAUCCUGAAGCUGCUGAUGGAGCUGGUCUUCCGCCUGGUGUGCAGCGGAGAGCUCAGCCUGGCCCGGGUGCUGCGCAAGAACAUCCUGGACAAGGUGGACCAGAAGAAGCUGCUGCGGUGCGCCAACUCCGACCAGCCCCUUGCGGCCAGGGGUGUUGCAGCCAGGCCCGGGACCCUGCAUGACUUUCACAGCCACGAGAUCGCUGAGCAGCUCACGCUGCUGGAUGCCGAGCUCUUCUACAAGAUAGAGAUCCCCGAGGUUCUGCUCUGGGCAAAAGAGCAGAAUGAGGAGAAGAGCCCCAACCUGACACAGUUCACGGAGCACUUCAACAACAUGUCGUACUGGGUCCGGUCCAUCAUCAUGCUGCAGGAAAAGGCCCAGGACAGGGAACGGCUGCUCUUAAAGUUCAUCAAAAUCAUGAAGCACCUGCGGAAGCUGAACAACUUCAACUCCUACCUGGCCAUCCUCUCAGCAUUGGACUCGGCGCCCAUCCGCAGGCUGGAGUGGCAGAAGCAGACCUCGGAGGGCCUGGCUGAGUACUGCACACUCAUCGACAGCUCGUCCUCCUUCCGUGCCUACCGGGCCGCCCUCUCGGAGGUGGAGCCCCCGUGCAUCCCCUACCUGGGUCUGAUCCUGCAGGACCUGACCUUCGUCCACCUCGGCAACCCUGACUACGUGGAUGGCAAGGUGAACUUCUCCAAGCGCUGGCAGCAGUUCAACAUCCUGGACAGCAUGCGCUGCUUUCAGCAGGCACAUUAUGACAUCCGGAGAAAUGAUGACAUCAUCAGUUUCUUCAACGACUUCAGUGACCACCUGGCCGAGGAAGCCCUGUGGGAACUCUCUCUGAAAAUCAAGCCCCGGAACAUAACCCGGAGGAAGACAGACCGGGAGGAGAAGACCUAGGAGCGGCUUACACCGGGACCAGAGCGCUCCAGAGGCCGGGAGAGAACUCAGACUGCCCAGCGCUGCUGGGCUCACAGGCGGCUCUGCUCUGGCUCCAGCUCUGGCUCCCUCCUGCGGGAGCUGCUCAGGGCCUGGUGCCCCUGCCUGUAGUGGAGGGAGCACAGCGGCAGGUGGGGCUCAGGACUGACCUCAGUGCACUGCCCCCCUCUCCACCCUGUUUUGGGUGUGAGGAGACGCAGGGCGGGGCAGGUGGUGUUCACUGGAGUGGGGACCUGCCGUACUCAGGGCCUUGGGGUUGGCUGCAGACCGCCGCCAGGUCCGUCCGGUGCACAGCGCAGCACCGCCACCUGCCACCCCGCAGCCCCAGUGCAGGACUCCACCGCCGGCAUUGCUUGAGCUCUGGGAGCAGGGGUGAGGGGCCAGGGAGGACUUGGCCGCCCCGGGCGCCCUGGUGAGGCCCCUCCGCCAUGCUGCUGUGUGCCUUAAACUCCACCUCCCACCCACCCCAGUUGGGCCAGCAGGUUGGUGGGGAGCCUCGGGGAGCCUGGCUGCAGAGCAGAGGGGACCUAGCUCCCGGCAGCGCUCCUCCCCUCCCCACACCAAUGUUGACAAUCGGCCCAGUGGCCAGAUGCCCCAGGGAGCCGCCCUGUCCACCUGGCACCAUGGCUGCCAAGCUGGGCCAGCAGGCAGGUCAGUCCAGAGGUGCCACCAGCUCUGUGCUGCUUCCCUCCCGGUGCAGGGUGAGUCAGGACCGACUUCCACUUCCAGAAGGAGGCUGUAGGAGAGCAGCAGCUGCCUGCUGGGCUGGGCUGGGCUGGGGACCCCACCCCGCUAGACGCUCAGCGCCUUCCCUGGGUCUCUGAGCAGCUUUCACCCCAACUGUGGGGCUGUUCCACUCCCUCCUGGCCUGUCCUGUAAAUAGGGAGGCGGAGACUCGGGCUGUCACAGCAGCUGUCCUGCUGGCUGGCCAGGACCUGUCACUUUAUUAUUUAAGGAGUGUGCAGUUUAUUAACAGUAUUGUGUGGGUUGGGUUUUUAGUUUGCGCCCCCUCCCGGAAGUCCUCCCAUUUCAGCCCCACCUCCUCAUGCCCUCACCCCGUCUAGCCUGGCAGGUACUGCCCUGUGUGCACAGGGCCUGGGCCAUGGGAUCCAGAAGCCCCGCCUUCCCGCUGUCCCAGCUCCCCCCACCCCCCUCCGCCAGCACCCUGCCCCUGUCUGCCCACCCCGGGGAGGCCACAUCAGGCCAGUGCUCCAGCAGGGUGCUCCCAGGGUCCAGGACUGCUGGGCCAACGCAGGUAUGCAUGUGCAAUGUGCUGGCCCCUUUCACCUCUGGCCACCCUGUGCCGUCCUGAGCCAGGCGAGUCCUGGGGCCUUCCUGCGGGUGCUGUGGAGCAGAGCCCAGACCUGCCCCUGACACCCAUGACCUCCCGUGUCACAGCGUCACGACCCCACUGUGGUCUGACGUGGCGUCUUCCUGCAGACAUUUCAAAUGUGUAAAUUUUUAUAUAAAAGAAAAUAAAAAGAGGUGAACGCUG